AAGGUCCAAACCAAAAAUUAAACUAUGAAGUGGUGUUAGCACUUAACCCACAUGUUCCAUCCUUGGUAGUGGAGAAGGCCCCCUCUAAUCUUACGUACGACUUGGUGUAAAUUUAUGCAUGUGUUUAUGUACAACCCAGUGUAAAUUGAUGCAUGUGUUAGUGUAAGGAUGAUGUGUGGGAGAUUUAUGCAUGUCUUAGUGUAAGGAUGUCCUAUACGGGUGCAAGGACAUCCCGUUCUGUAACAAACUUCGGUGUUAUCCAUGCUGCCAAACGGACCUUCUAGAGCACCAGCGCGCACACAUUUUUGCUGCAAUUUCCCGCCAGCAGGAACAAAAAGGAACACCUCGAAAGUGUGCGUUUCUCGACACUCUGCGUGAGUGCUUCGGACGAAGAAAAUCUGCUAAAUCUGUGCCCUGAAAUUCUUCAAUUGCCGAUAUUUCUUCGAACCAGUGAUUCAAAUUUAGAAUAAUUGGCGAGAACUGAGAUCAGUGAGAAUGGGGGAUGUGAAGAGAUGGUCAGUGACCUACACAAAGCACAUCAAACAGAAGCGCAAAGUUUAUCAAGACGGUCUCUUAGAACUUCAUACCUCUACCCACAAGAUCAUGCUUUAUGAUGAUUGUGAGAAGCUCCUGGUUAGCAGGGUUGUGAAAAAAGAUGAGGUUGUCAGAUGUGGUGAAACAUUGACAUUUGAUCCUUAUCUUGUUGAUGUUGGGGAUCCUGAAGGGGACCAGAAACGGAUACCUGAUUUGAAUUUCCAAGGAAGAGAUAAGAAAGUAACUGAGAAAUCCGGGCCACUCAGUGGCAAAAAGUUUAGGAAUAACUCAACUUCUGCUGAUGACAGGAAGACUAAUUCAGGGAAGAAUAAAGCACCAACAAGUAAUCUAAGUCCAUCGCAAAAAUUUAUCGGAGAGUUCAAAAGGACUGAACUGAACAAGUACAGAGCACAACCUUAUCCAGAGACAACAAAAGUUAACACAACUGAAUGGCAGGUCCUGUACACUACACAAAUAACUCAAAAAGUGAAGAAAUAUCAUGAUGGUAUCUUAAAGGUUGCAUCUUGUGGUUCCCAAGGGAGGCAGGUCACACUUUACGAUACAAGCAGAAGACUCUUAGAUAGCAGAUUCCUUAAAAAGGAUGAAGUGAUUGGAUCUGGUGAAUCACUAGCUUUUGAUUGUCAUUUGGUUGACAUAGGAGUACCUGAAGGAGAUCAUAAGUCUCCAAUGGACUUGAACGUCCAAGGAAGAAGUUGCAAUGCAGUUGGAAAAACAGGGUUACUACAUGGACAACAAGCUCGGCAUAGUUCUUCUGUUGAGUGUGGAAUUUCGGAAUUGAGUAACAGUGGGUCCCCACAGAAUUGUCUUAAAGCCAUUAAAACUGCUGUGAAAGAAUGGCAUGCUCUUUUCACUACUCAGAUAACUCAGAAAGCGAAGAAAUACCACAGUGGAAUCCUCAAACUUGCCUUUUGUGGUUCCUACCGUAUGCAGGCCACUUUACUAAAUGAAGAUGGAACAAUUCUGAGCAGUAAAUACCUCAAGUUAUCCGAAGAUGUGAGAACUGGGAGUGCAUUUGAACUUCCAAAUUAUUUGGUGGAGGUUGGUGAGCCACGGACAUGUCCUGAAGGAAAAGAAGUGGAUUCAAAUUGUAGCAGUUUUGAUGUUGACAACAUUACAUUAAGUAGGAGAAUGGCUGUAAAUAAGCCUUUACAUGAUGAAUGGCAGGUCCUGUACACUACACAAAUAACUCAAAAAGUGAAGAAAUAUCAUGAUGGUAUCUUAAAGGUUGCAUCUUGUGGUUCCCAAGGGAGGCAGGUCACACUGUACGAUGCAAGCAGAAGGCUCUUAGAUAGCAGAUUCCUUACAAAGGAUGAAGUGAUUGGAUCUGGUGAAUCACUAGCUUUUAAUUGUCAUUUGGUUGACAUAGGAGUACCUGAAGGGGAUCAUAAGUCUCCAAAGGACUUGAAUGUUCAAGAAAGAAGUUGCAAUGCAGUUGGAAAAACAGGGUUACUACAUGGUCAACAGGCUCGGCAUGGUUCUUUUGUAGAUUGUGGAAUUUCGGAAUUGAGUAACAGUGGGUCCCCACCGAAUUGUCUUAAAGCCACUAAAACUGCUGUGAGAGAAUGGCAUGCUCUUUUCACUACUCAGAUAACUCAGAAAAUGAAGAAAUACCACAGUGGAAUCCUCAGACUUGCCUUUUGUGGUUCCUACCGUAUGCAGGCCACUUUGCUAAAUGAAGAUGGAACAAUUCUGAGCAGUAAAUACCUCAAGUUAUCCGAAGAUGUGAGAACUGGAAGUGCAUUUGAACUUCCAAAGUAUUUGGUGGAGGUUGGUGAGCCACGGACAUGUCCUGAAGGAGAAACUCAUAACGAUGCUUAUUCAGGAAAAGAAGUGGAUUCAAAUUGUAGAAGUUUUGAUGUUGACAACAUUAAAUUAAGUGGGAGAAUAGCUGUAAACAAGCCUUUACGUGAUGCCCAUGAAAUCUUGUCUAUAAUGAGAAAACCUACCACUCAAGAGGAUAAUAUUGUACCCAUGGAAAGGGCUUCUGAGGAAAAGUGCCAUGCUUCACAAUUUUCAGACUUUAUGCGUUUUCAUCUUCAGAAUGAAGUGCAGGAACAACCUACGCAAGACUCCAAUAAUAAGAGAGGUGAAGAAGACGAUCAUGUCGAAGAAACAAUCCAAAGGCAUGACUACAAUGCAGAGAUGUUAAAAUGUAAAGCUGUUCAUCGUGAUCAUUCACUCGAUGUCAGCAAAUUGGUAGAUUCGGAAAACAAAGGGGAAUCGCAUACUAAAGGUUUUACUUCAUCAAGGUUUUCUCUUGGAUCUGAAGCAUCAGACAUAUCGAGACCCAAAUUUGAUGCAGAGUGCAUUGGACGGAGCUUCAUGAGGCCAGUUUCCUCUAAUGAAGAUCCUAGAGUUUUGGAUGCUCUAGAAUCAUACUUCCCUGAUGAUGCCCAACAUCCUACUGCACCAGUGCCACAUGAUGAAUCUAAUGGGAAUGUGGAAACUGAGGAUUCUAUGUCUUCCAAAGCAAUAUCUAGGUUAUGUGAUGGUCAAUUCUCCAAUGAAGUGAAAAGUGGGAACUACCCCCAGCGUAAUGCAGGUAGCAUGGAAAUCGGUGCUAGAUGGCGUGAAGGAACUUUUGCUUGUAAUUUAGCAAGUUCAAGUGCGUGUACUCCUCUUGCCCCUGGCGGUGUUGAAAGGAUGAGUUUUGAGGAGCAUAAGGACACAAGCAAAAUGAAUGAAUGUCCUAGUUUUGAUCUUGGAUUUUGAACAAGGACCGCUUCAUCUUCAUUUCCUUUGUUCCUUUUCAAUACAGUUCAUGGCGAUGCCCUGUUAUAGAGGAAAUGUCUGUGAAUCUGAGAAAGUUGUUAAGACAUAGUACCAUGCAGUAUGGAUGUUGCAGGGCCAUCCAGUUUCUCCUUUGCUGCGAAGGAAUCUUGGACGCCAAUAACUUGUCAACAUAGAUACUCGUGAGCAUUCGAUCUGUGCAAUAUUCUUGUCAUUUUUGCUUUAAAUUUCAUAUCAAUGAAAGAGUGGAAAAAAAGAUGGCAGUUUUUUUAAACACUGGUGCCCUGCCUCAUUCUUUGUGUUUUGAGAGAUUGAGAUACGUGAGUAAGCCAUCAUUUUUUUUCUCUGUAACACUGAAAGUCGACAAUUCCCCUGGGCACAUACAAAAUUAUAGAUUUUGUAUUCUAGACUUUUCAGUUAUGAUUUAUAUUGUUGAUCUUUCAGCUA